AUGGUCGCGACUUGCAGAAACGCGUAUUUAGCUGCAACUGUGACGAGAUCGUACGCUACGGAAGCCACCACACAAUAUGCGCCAAACGAGGUCAACGCAGCCCUCGCACGCACCGCCGUACUCUUCAAAACAUACAAGCCCGUCUCGCCUGGUAUCCGACAUCUGAAACGGCCGCUCGCGCCGCACCUGUUCAAGGGCCGCCCGCUGCGCCUGCUCACCGUCGCCGUCCGCAAGAAGGGCGGACGCAACGCCCACGGCCGCAUCACCGUGCGCUCGCGCGGAGGGGGACAUAGGCGGCGCAUCCGCGUCGUCGACUUCAUGCGCACAGAGCCCGGCCCGCACGACGUCGUCCGCAUCGAGUACGACCCGAACCGCUCCGCGCACAUUGCGCUCCUCAAGAAUCGCAACCCGAAUGUUGACGGGAGCAAGGUCUGGAGCUACAUCCUCGCGACCGAGGGCCUGCGCGCGGGGCACGUUGUAGAGAGCUUCCGGCAAGGCAUCCCCGAGGGUCUGGUGCCCGGGUUCGUGGACUCGAAGAACGUCCGCGGCAGGUCGCUCGAGCAGCCCGAGGGCGCAGAGGUGCAACCGAGUUCGACUAUGUCGCUUGCACAGGGCAUCUUGCGCUCACUCACGAUCAAGCCCGGCAACGUGCUCCCCCUCCGUCUUAUUCCCACCGGUACGGUCAUCCACAACAUCUCGCUGGAUCCCCAGGGUCGUGCCAUCCUUGUUCGCUCUGCAGGCACUUUUGCGCAGGUUGUUGCGCAUGAGGACUCGGGCCGCUACACUCAGGUCCGGCUGCAGAGCGGAGAGGUGCGCAAGGUGUUGCAGGAAUGUAUUGCGACUGUCGGGAAGGUCAGCAACCCCCUAUGGAAGAACCGCAACCUCGGAAAAGCUGGCAGAAACCGCUGGCUGGGACGAAGACCGCACGUCCGAGGUAUGGCGAUGAACAGAUGUGACCACCCUCACGGAGGAGGUCGUGGAAAAUCAAAGGGAAACAAGGACCCGCGCUCAAUAUGGGGCUGGUUGACCAAGGGCAAGCGUACGCGUAAGCCGGGCCCGAAGGGUCCGAAGAACAGUAACAAGAUGGUUGUGCGCGAGAGGCCACGGGGGAAGGAGAAGCGUAGUAAUUAG